AAGGAACAGCGAUGGAUGAUAGUGCGAUGCAGGAGAGUCUCACACAUCAAGUUUUCACACGGAAGUACUAAGUUACCUCAUUGUAGUAUUACAAACAACGUAAGAGAGGAAUUGGAAUUGCGUGGUAGCAUUCAGCAAAGGAAACUGAUCGAAAGAAAUUUGAAAAUUUAUUUCCGAAGAAAUGUCCUCCGCCUGCUCCUCUUCAUCCGCAGCUGGCCCCUCGGGAAACGGACCGGCGGAUCCGCAGUUGGCAAACCAGCCAACAAAAAUCACUGUUGAUAAUGUGCUUAUCCGCUACAAAGGGAGUUAUGAAAAAUGGGGCCAAAAAAUUGCCGACUUGGACCGCAAUCUGCUUGAAGGCCGCUUACGGAACCUCGAUCAGCGAACAGUUAACAAAAUGCUGGCGAGCCAGGUACGACGUUGUAAAAAAAUAUUAUAUUGUUCUGUCUUUUCUCGUUCUGAAUUCUGUCAAAGUUUGGCUUCGCUCCCGCUCCUUGAAGUUAGUUUUUUUAUUUCUUUAGUUGAUUCAAGAGUAAAAAAACACAAAAAAGGUGAACAUCUGGUAUGUUCUUGCGACGAGGCACCUGAAGUUUUCCGCGCGGCCCGCCCUUCCGGAACCAAUUCGGCGGCUCGUGAUUCAGUUUAUUCGGGGGAGUGAAGACGGAGGGCCGCUUGUGAAUCUACGGGGCGCGGGCGUCAACCCUGAUGCGGUUACAUGGUGCAGAUUAGUUCCAGUAGCAACGGAGCGGAUCACAGGGGAUUACUCGGCAGUGCUCAGGUGUUACUUAGAAAAGAUCCAGAGUGCGGCCAAAGCGGGGAGUUUCGACAACUUUUUGAUCACCGAAGAAGUGGCGAAUUCCGUGCCUGCAUUAACAAACGGGGACCGACCACGAAUGGACAUCAUCGCUAGCAUGCUUGUUCAGAAAGAUUUCGAACUCCGACGGCAAGAUGGUACGCGGAUACGGUCAGGAUUAACUGGGGCCGAAGAUAUCGGCGAUGUUUCUCUUCCGCUUCGUAUUGAUCUCAGUUGUGGCACGUUCGGACAUGCGGAUAGAAACGCAGCCACCAUCGCCCGAGCUGCCGUGGAGUUAUCAGGCACGGCAGGCCCCCGAGCCGGGACGAGGGGAGAAGAUGGUGGAGGCGCGGCGUGGAAGUCGUUCUCUGCAGCCGUUACCAGGACACGGCAACAGGUUGCCGAGUAUCUGUUGAAGCUGCUCACCAAGUCCGCUGCCGAGGGCGAACCCGAACUCGUGGUCACUUCCGAGGUGAUGGCGCAGGCGCCGAAGUUACCUAGUGGCAAGGACGCGCCGCUGACCCCAGAACAAACGAAGGCACUGCACCGGAAUCUUCAUCGCGUCGGUGUGCUGUGGGAAUUGACGGUCCGUCAGGACACCGACGGCUUCACAAUACGAUACCGCGAGGGUCGGAACUGGACAUCCGGUGGCGAACCGCUCCCGUUCACGCUGCAGGUCGGCUAUUUUCCGCACGACGAUCAUAGCUCCGACGAGGAAGAGGGGGAGGAAGCACAAGGGGAGGACGAGUAGAGUAAACGACAACUAUAUAGCACGAUGGUAGAAGAACAAGAAACACUCCGUAGAUCACCGGCUUGAACAAUAAGUACUAAAAAGUGCCUGAAGGAAACUCUCUGCUGUUGCGCUCGG